CGCUUUAAAUCCUACUUUUCUCCAUCUCCAUCUCAUCUCCGGCUGCACUAUAGUCAAAAUUUUGUCACUACUUUCAACGUAGAAAUCUCUCCACAACUAUCUUCCAAGAACUUUUCGCCCUCGACCGAACCCCUUCUUUUUGAAUUUCCUUCGCUAAUCGAGACUCCCCUGUCCUCUUUUUCAACAUACUUAACUCACAAUUUCAUGCCCAAAAACACGACUCUGUUCUACUUUCUUCUAAGAUGGAUACACUGACACCCAAAUCAGCCUUGAACAGCAAGAACAAGUUAGCGCGCACUUUCCAAAAGGUUAUCAACCUCCGGACCGCAACAAGAAUCACUUCAAACAAUGGGAUUUGCAUGCUCACAUCGCAAUGCAACGUCAAGGAGGAUUUUUUCACUGAUAGAAACUCCCAGCAGUUCGACAAGAAUGAUAUUGAUGCGAGAGGCCGGCAGCAGAGAGCAGUGCUGGAAGCUUUGGUGGCGAAGCUUUUCGCGGGCAUUACUUCGAUCAAAGCUGCUUAUGCUGAGCUCCAAAUGGCACAGAACCCUUACAACAGCGACGCUAUUCAGGUCGCGGACCAGGCCGUGGUGGACGAGCUCAAAGCAAUUUCCGAGCUGAAGCGCAGCUUCUUGAGAAAAGAACUCGAUCUUUCACCCCAAGUCACGCUCAUGCUCGCGGAGAUUCAGGAGCAGCAGGGGUCGAUGAAGACCUACGAGAUCACCAUCAAGAAGCUCGAGACUGAGGCUGACCUCAAAGACUCCAACAUCACUUCGCUUCAGAACCAGCUCGACAACUCCAAUUCACUUAACAAGUGCUUAUAUAAGAGGUUAAACUCAAGUGGGUCUCUGUCCAUGUUCGAUAAUCUUCGACUUACGGUGCUCAGUGUGACCCAUUUUGUCCAAUUUCUUCACUACACCCUACGAUCCAUUCGCAGUUUCGUGAAAUUAAUGAUACGUGAAAUGGAUUCGGUGCACUGGGAUCUUGACGUGGCCGUCAAGUUCAUCGAACCUGACGCGGUUUUUACAAACCCAAGCCACCGGUUCUUCGCUUUCGAAUCCUUCGUAAACAUAACCAUGUUUGAGGGGUUCAAUCGCCCUCAGUUCCAACCAAGUGAUCACUCCCAACGACAACCUCCUCUUGAAACACACCGCAAUUGCCUCUUCUUCGACAAGUUCAAGAAGCUCACAAACGUAAAUCCGAGGCAUUUUCUUUCCCAUAAUCCGAACUCGUCGUUUGCAAAGUUCACAAGGGCCAAGUACCUUCACCUAGUACAUGCGAAAAUGGAGUGCUCUCUCUUCGGUAACUUGAAUCAGCGAAAGCUCGUUAAAUCCGGGGGCGUCCCUGACUCCUCUUUCUUCGUAGCGUUUGCUGAGAUGGCGAAGCGCGUGUGGCUUUUACAUUGCUUGGCAUUCUCGUUCGAUGAAGAGGUAAGCAUUUUUCAGGUAAGGAAGAACUGUAGGUUUUCUGAGGUGUACAUGGAAUGCGUGGCAGAGGAAGCGUCGUUCUGCUCCGGUGAAAUCACCGGUGGCAAUGGCGGUGGCGAGUUCAGCGUGGGUUUCACAGUCGUGCCGGGGUUCAAGAUUGGAAAAACCGUAAUACAAAGUCAGGUUUAUUUGUCUCCGGCUACUCCUACGCCGGCUAGUCGCUAAAGUUCUAUAUUGCAUGUGACAUUUUAAAUACCAACGCGCUUUUUUUUUCACA